UAAUGAAAGCUGCAGCGAGACCAACCUCGCGAACAAUAUUUGACCAUUAGCGCCAAAUUUCGUUGUAGCGUAUGAAGAAACGGAAGAAACCGCGGCUUUGACGGCAUCUUUGAACUGUAAGAAACUACCAUCUGAUGCGCCCGUGAAUUCGCACAAAAGUUAACUCGAGUUACUCCGAGUUUGUUGCAUUAUAUUCGCGCACGUAGAAGAAUGUCGAUCGUCAAGCACAUCGGUCGCGCAAUGUCGCGGACGCCAUUGUUUAUGGUUAUGACAAUUCGAGCGUAACGUACUACACGCGCAACGACAAACACGCGAUUCCGAAGGAUUCUGCAGAAAUGCGUAUUAGCGCCAUUUAAGACACAAAUCGCGUGGAGUCAUGGCUCUAUCUUCGUAAGUCUCUCUCGAUAAGCAACGCAGUUGGAAAUGUGUUAAAUAGAAGAAACCGAAUCAUUAGAAAGCAGUCGAUUAAACUAGAAACCGUAUAGCUUGCUCCAGUUACCCGGUGACUGGAAAACCUCAAAUGGGAAAUGCAUGAUGUUCCACAUACAGAGUAAAGAAUUGAGGACGUCGAACGUGGCGAGGUUUACUCCGCGGUAGGAGUCUCGUCGUCGAGCCAAGCAGCAUUGGCGUCGCCACCAACACCGACACCGAUGCCGAACCCGGUAGCGGUGUCGGCGUUCGUGGCCACGCCGGCAUCGCUGCACACAUCUUCCACCGCUGCUGCUCCUGCUGGCGGCGGCAGAUACGACGGAAGAACAACGACCGGAGGAGUGGGACACGAAGUGAAUGUGCCGCUAGGAGAUACUCAGGAUCCGCAGAAUACACGUGCCAGUACGAUCGCGGGCGCGAAUGCGACGGCUGGAAGAUCAGGGAAGGACCAGUCGGCGAGUGGAAGAAGAAACCGUUGGAAAAUAAUCGGCCGUGCGGUCGGGCGCUUCACGCUCGUUAUGCUGCUGCUGGCUGCCCUUGUUGGUGCUCUGGCCGCGCUCGUAAUCUACAUGGGCCCGAUCUACCUGGUGCAGUUGCUCGUAGUGGUCUCAGUUGCGUAUUUCGUCGCUGGUGGCCGCUUGAAAUGGUUCUACGUCGCUCUAAGGACUUUACCACGUGAUAUAAAAGGAGCUACAGGAUUCCUUAGAUUACUAUGGUUUAUACGCGGUCACGAGAGGAAAAACAGAAGUGUUGCUGACGUAUUUCGACAAUAUGUCAGUCGUCAUCCUAACAAGAUCUGCUUUAUAUGUGAAAAUCAAGAAUGGACUUAUCAGCAGAUAGAGGAUUUUAGUAACAAAAUCGCGACAAUAUUCAAAAUGCACGGUUACAAGAAAGGAGAUGCCGUUGCAUUAUUUUUGGAUAAUCGGCCGGAAUUUGUUGGCAUUUGGCUAGGUUUGAGCAAACUUGGCGUGAUAACGUCUCUAAUUAAUACUAAUCUACGUAAAAACAGCCUCCUGCACAGCAUCAAUAUUGCAAAGUGUCAGGCGCUUAUAUAUGGCGCAGAGCUUUUCGACGCUGUGGCGGAUAUCGCCUCCUCACUGGAUGUUAAACUGGCAUUGUACAGGUUCGGGAGUCACCCGAAUGCGAUGUCAGUUGGAUUAAAGGAGAAAGACUUGAACAACAUCUUGCUAGAAGUAUCCGCGGCACCGCCGACGAUACCGGAAAAAUGUGGUUACAAUCAUGAAUUGUUAUAUAUUUAUACCAGUGGUACUACAGGUCUUCCCAAAGCGGCAGUUAUUACUAGCGCAAGAUACAUGUUUAUCGCUAGUUCCGUACAUGUUUUCGGGAUGUUACGAAAUUCUGAUAGAAUAUAUACAUCCUUGCCGUUGUAUCAUACUGCUGGUGGAGUAAUGGCAAUAGGUCAAGCUUUAUUGCAUGGACAUACAACAGUGAUUAGGAAGAAGUUUUCUGCCAGCUCAUACUUCAGCGACUGUAUCAAGUACAAAUGCACCGUUGCUCAAUACAUAGGAGAAAUGUGUCGAUACGUAUUGUCGGUGCAACCUAAAAAAGAGGACAAAGAGCACAACGUUAGAUUAAUUGUUGGCAACGGGCUGAGGCCACAGAUAUGGAAUGAAUUUGUAAAGCGAUUUAACAUUCCGCAAGUCUUAGAAUUUUAUGGCGCAACCGAGGGUAAUGCUAAUAUCAUGAACAUCGACAACAAGGUUGGAGCAAUAGGUUUUAUUUCAAGAAUUAUCCCAGCGAUAUAUCCUAUAUCUAUCAUUAAAGUAAAUUCAGACGGAGAACCUAUACGCAAUUCUAAAGGACUAUGUCAAAUCUGUGAACCAAAUGAACCUGGUGUGUUUAUCGGCAAGAUUAUACAAAACAAUCCAACGAGAGCAUUUUUAGGAUACGUAGAUCGUAGUGCAUCCGAAAAGAAAAUAGUUCGCGAUGUUUUUAUAAAAGGUGACUCUGCCUUCCUAUCAGGAGACAUUGUUGUUGCCGACGAAUUCGGAUAUCUGUACUUUAAGGAUAGAACAGGAGACACGUUUAGGUGGAAAGGAGAAAAUGUAUCGACUUCGGAAAUUGAAGGAAUAGUCAGCAAUUUCAUCAACUAUCGAGACUGUAUAGUAUACGGUGUUGAGGUUCGAGGUACUGAAGGUAGAGCAGGAAUGGCUGCAGUCUAUGAUGAAAAUGGAACAUUGGAUAUAAAUCAACUAACCACUGACGUCAAAGAACAAUUACCCAUUUAUGCUAGGCCACAAUUUAUCAGAAUUUUAACAAAAAUUGAUCUCACAGGAACAUUCAAACUGAAGAAGAAGGAUCUUCAAGAAGAGGGAUACAAUCCAUAUAAAAUUCAAGAUAAAUUAUAUUACAUGGAUGCAAAGCUUGGUUAUCUCUUACUAACACCAGAUAUUUAUGACCAGAUUCAACAAGGGAAAAUCAAGUUUUGAGUUGAUAGAUUCAAUGGUUGGGAAGCUGUGAAAUGUUGCUAUAGUUUUACAUACACGCAUGUGUAUGCACACACUAUUUUAAAUGAAUCUUUAAAAUCUGUUUUACAUAAAUAAUACAAUAUACUUCA